AUGUCGUACCUGUUACCGCAUCUGCACAGCGGGUGGGCCGUGGAUCAGGCGAUUCUGUCGGAGGAGGAUCGCGUCGUCGUGAUCCGCUUCGGCCACGACUGGGAUGACGUGUGCAUGCAGGUGGGCCCUUCCUCUGCUCCACCUUCCCCCCCGCCUAUUUGCGCCCACUUUGAACUGCCCACCUUACCCCCUCGUUCCCACCUUCCCCUCUCUCCCCCACCUCCCCCCUUCACCCCAUCUUCUCCCCUUCGACCUUCUCCCCUCACCCCCACCUUCCUCUCUGGUUCCCACCUUCCUCUCUGGUUCCCACCUACCCCUCUGGUUCCCACCUUCCCCUCUGGUUCCCACCUUCCCCCUCCCGCCCGCCUUCCCCCUGCGCCCCCACCUUCCCCCGUUCCCCCCCUGCCUUCACCCCUUCCGUCCGCUCCCCCCUCCCGCCAAAAUUCCCCCCUCCUGUCCUCCUCUCCCUCUCCCCCACCUCUCUCCCCCCUUCCACUCUUCUUACCUCCUCUGUUUCUUCUCUCCUUCCAGCCUUUUCCCCUCCCCCCCCGCCUUUUUCCCCUCCGCUCCACCUUCCCCCCUUCCCCUCACCCUUCUACCAUCCCCCCGACCUUUCCCCCACACCUUCCCUCCUUUCCCUGA